AAUGGCGUGUGACAGUUCGCGAACAGCAACAAAACGUAAUUGUAAUUUGUGUAUUUAGUUUAAUCUCGCGGGUAAUAAAUAAUAAACGUAUUUAUUAAUAUAAAUAUAUAUAAUUUAAAAAUGACCAAUAAAACAUUUAUGUUACCAUCGUAUCAACGUUUUAUAAAUGGUGUACCAGUACCAUUUUUUUCACGUCGUUCAUUUCGUUUACGUGAAAAGUAUCUUAUUCUACUAGUAUUUUUGACAUUUGGAAUAGUAUGUUUCGGUACAUUUUUCUUUUUACCGGAUUUUCGUAGUGCCAAGGGGUCAGCAGCUUACAAUAGUGUUUACAAUGUUUAUCAAAAAAUCCAAAAAGUCGGUCCUGAUUUAUUAUUACCGGCACCACCGCAUGGAGUUAUGGGUCCAUUGGAUCCCCAUGGACCUGGUGGUUAUUUUCAUGCUUUUAAUGUUGGCCUCGAACGCCCUGGUGACGUCGUCCAGGAUAUUCAUCUUCUAGAGGACAAACAAAAGCUACAGGCAAAAAUUGAUCAAGACAAUGAACAACAAAAGACAUUAGAAAAACCAGAAAUAGUGGAAGAUUGGCGUGCGCGUGUGACUAGUAGUGCUAUUCCGUUACCACAAGAAGAUCAUCAGCAUGAAGAGGCCAUAGUCAUAGUGCCACCGGCUCCAGCGGACGUGCUUCCUAUGCUUGUGGGUGGGGAAGACAAGGAUCCAAUUGCACGCCAACGUCGGGACAAAGUUAAAGAGAUGAUGAAGCAUGGCUGGGACAAUUAUGUGAGAUACGCCUGGGGCAAAAACGAGCUGAGACCAAUCUCCAAGAGAGGACACAGUGCCAGCAUUUUUGGAGCUUCAAAUAUGGGCGCUACCAUCGUUGAUGGAAUGGACACGCUUUAUAUUAUGGGACUUCAUGAUGAAUAUAAACAAGCACGAGAUUGGAUUGCUCAGAACCUUGACUUCGAUAUUAAUUCAGAAAUAUCUCUAUUCGAAGCUAAUAUUCGUUUCAUGGGAAGUUUAUUAACUAACUACGCACUCACAGGAGAUGUUAUGUUCCGAGACAAGGCUGUACAACUUGGUGAGCGAAUGCUACCAGCUUUUCAAACAGAAACGGGAAUCCCUCAUUCCCUUAUCAACCUUCAUACUGGGAUGAGUAGAAACUACGGUUGGGCAAGUGGUGGCUGUAGUAUCCUCUCAGAGUUAGGUACUAUGCAUCUUGAGUUCUCAUAUCUGAGUGAUAUAACUGGCAAUCCGGUUUUCAAGAGUAAAGUCGAACACGUGAGAUCGACAUUGAGGAGUCUUGAGAAACCCAAAGGCUUAUAUCCUAAUUUCAUUCAUCCACGAACCGGCAAGUGGGGAUUACAUCAUAUAUCUCUUGGAGCUUUGGGUGAUAGUUUCUAUGAGUAUUUAUUGAAAGCAUGGAUUCAAUCAUUAACUUAUGUAUCUGAUUUAAAAUAUGAUAAAGUUGAACACAAAAUGGGUCACCUCGCUUGUUUUGCUGGUGGAAUGUUUGCACUUGGUGCAAAAGCAAUGGAAAAUGAUGAAUCUAAAAAUCAUAUGGCGUAUGCUGCUGAACUAACAAGAACUUGCCAUGAGUCUUAUGACCGUAGUGUUACUAAACUCGGUCCUGAAACGUUCCAUUUCACCGACAAAACAGAAGCUAAAUGUUUAAAGAACGGUGAAAAAUACUACAUUUUACGACCUGAGACUUUUGAGUCUUACUUCAUACUGUGGCGAUUGACAAAAGAUCCUAAAUACCGUGAGUGGGGUUGGGAAGCUGUAGAAGCUUUGGAAAAGCAUUGUCGUGUACCAGGAGGAUUCACAGGAAUCAGUAAUGUGUAUUCAGUGGACUCAGCAAAAGAUGACGUUCAGCAAAGUUACUUCUUUGCCGAAACACUCAAGUAUCUCUAUCUACUCUUCAGUGAUGACAGUCUUAUAAGCCUGGAUGAUUGGGUAUUUAAUUCAGAGGCUCACAUGCUUCCAAUUAAAGGAAAUCCUCUCUACCGUCAAGCACCUACGACGUUAUAAGCCGUGUAAUCUAAUAAAUCUAGACAAUCCGGUAGUGGUCUCGUUAUUUCCUCUGACUAGUUUAUAAACAGUCGACAGACAAGAUCUUCCCGGAAAAUUACAUAUUAUGUAUUUAAUUAUGAGUUUUAUGACGAUGAUAAUAAUUCAUACUCUCGAGAAAUAGAUUAGGGUACUCCAAUAAAUAUUGAUAAUAAUAAUUAUUUUAUAAAAUUUUAUAUUAACAUUAUUUAUAAAUUAUGCAAUCAAUUUUUUUUUUAAUACAAUAGUUAUCGACGAUCAAAUUUAAAAAUUAAAUAUUUACAUUAAGUUUUUAAAAUGAAUAAAAAUAAAUAAAUAAAAUACAUUUAUUGGAUUACCUUAAUCUAAUGUAAUUAAUAAGACGAGUAUAAAAAAAAAAAAAACGAACGAAUAAUCAAUUAAUAUAAAAUAUAAUAUAAGAGGAAAAAAAAGUAAAUUAAAAUAAAACUGUCGACAAUUAUUGUAAAUAUUGAAAUUAUAAAAUUAUGAGGAUAGAGAUAUGUCUAUGCUUUGCGCAUAACUAGAACGAUUGAUAACCGCUUACAUUACUUUUACCUUAAAAUUAAAAAAGUAAUAAGGUAAAUAUAUGUGGCCUAAGUUAAAUAGCGGCAUGCAGCAACGAAUGAAUUAAUAAAUCGUCAUAGACUGACACCAGAGCCAUCGAGACUGAUUUCAUGAUGAGGCCUGGAUUUAUUAAUUAAUGCUACUUGAAACUAUAACUCUUAUCCAAAAAAAUAUAUCAACAAAUUAUUACGCUGUAUAUGUUUUAUGCUUUUAUUCAAUCAUGACGUGGUUUGAUAUUUUUUUAAUAUUUUCUUUCAAUAAUUUUUAUCCUCAAUAAUAAUUAAUUAUAAUAGCAAAUUAAUUUAUAUUUAAAUAGACACGUCGAUAGAUUUAAUUAGUAAAUAUAAUUUAUGAUUUUUAAAAAUAAAACUCAAUAUAUAAAGCUCAAUAUGUGUUAUAAAAAAAAAAAAAAAAGAAAAAGAAAACUUACACCAGUUAAAAAUAUUACCGACAUCUUUGAAUCAUUACUCACCUCAUACUUAAUGAUAAUUUUUAACUAGAAAAAUUUUCUCACGCAAGUGUUCCUUCGCGUAUCAAAAGCUAAGUCUAUGGACAAUGCUCGUGAUUUUCGAAGCAAAAAAUAUUAUUAUAAAUAAUAAACUGUGUAUGUACAUAGAUAACUUCUUUUUUUGUUUAUCCUCGAUAACUAUUGUUAACUCUAAUAUAAUUGAAAUGCAAAUGAAGAAAUUUAAAAUCAAUUAUCGUUUCAUGUGGGAAACAAAAUACACUUAUGCGAUAAUGCACAGAUAGCCUUUACAGUUGUACAUUCGAAAAUAAUUAUUUAAAAACAAGUGACUAAUAACAAAAAAACUAAAAAAUAAUAAUAAUAAUAAAAAAUCGACAUACAAAUUCCCGACUAUUGUAUUAUGAGUGCGUUCAUGUAUUAUAAAAAAUUAUAAUUACUGAAUGAUAACAGUCUUUAAUAAGAUGUGCAUAAUGAAAAAAAGUCUAUAAAAUAACUGUUAUUAAUUAAUUAACAAAAAAAAAGUAAAUUAAUGAUUAUUGAUUUGAAUGAAGAAAUUUAAUGAAAUGUGUAUUUAAAAAAAUAAUAAUAAUAACAGAUAUGUAUAUAAAGAUGAAUGAAAGUCAUAUCUUAGAAAUGUGUGCAGUAGUAUGAUAACUAUAUCAAAAUAAUUAUAAUCAUUAUUAUUGUAUAGUUGCAACGAAUCUGAGUAUUUGUAAUAAAUUGUCACAAAUAUUUGUUAGUAGUUUUUGCACGAUGACAAAUAAUUUAUAUGAAUAUAUAUAUUAAUUUUUUUUAAUCAAUCAAAUUAUCGAUAAAAAAAUCAAUAAUUAAAUUUAUAUUUUAAUUAAUUACGGUAACACUAUCGAAGCAUUUGAUGGCCGGAUUUUACUUAAUACACUUUUAAUAAUCUGUUGAUAAUUCUAUAACGUCUUAUGCUUUUUUAAAAAAAAAAUUUAUAAACUUUUAUUUAUUUAUAUUUUUAUUUCAUUAACUAACAAUAAAAAAAAAUUAGACGACUUCUAGUAAAUUAAAUAUAUAAAUAAUUUUAAAAUAAUCUUCCGCAAACAGUUGUUCAUUAUGAUUAAGAGUAAUUAGAUUGUAAAAAAAAUAACAGCAACAUUCAAAUACUCAAUGACCAUAACAAACUUUUGUAAAAAAGAAAAUGAAUAAUAAAACAAAAUCUUGAAAUGCAUUUUAUUUACUAAAAUCUAAAUAUUUAUAAAUAAUCAAUAGAAUAAUGGAUGAACGAUAGUUGUUAUAAAAACGAUAAAUAACGACGAGCGUUUGCAAUAGAUGUUAAUUAAUAAAAAAAUAAAUAAAUACUAGUAAAUAUUUUACGUUUGUGAAUAGAUAUUUAAUAAUUUAUUAUAAAUUAGAGCAACUUAAUUUAAACGAUUUUAUAAAAUGUCGUAUUAUUUGGGAUUUUAUUGUAAUAUUAAAAUUUAUACAAUGCAUUUACAAACUAACCCAGAUAAAACCGGUUAUGAAAUCGUUAUUAAUCUUCCUAAUCAUUGCGAUUUAUAAAUUUAUUAUUAUACAGUAUGUGUGAGAGAUAUAAAUAUAAUUAUAAAUAAUAAGUAUAAAUAUAUAAAUAUGAAUACAUAUAAAUAUAAGUAUAAUUAAAAUAAAUAUAAAUAUAUCCGAUGUUGAAAUGAACAAAAUGUGACAGUGGACUUUUAAUAAUAACAAUUAU